AUGAUCAGUGAUAAGAUUCCGAUCCACGUCGCUCUUCGCUUGUGUCUGGAGAGUACCUCAGUGGAAAGCGCUAUCAAGACACUCGAAACUCUAGGCGGCGUCGCAUCUGCGCAGCAUAUUCUCGUGGCAGACAGCACAACAGCAGUAGGACUUGAGUUAUCGCCUGUGGGCGACAGUCAUAUCGCAGAGGACGCGUCGGGACUGAUCGGACACACCAACCACUUUAUCGAGAACCGAUAUGUCAACGAGCCACCAUGGCUGUCGGGAUCCCCCAUCCGUCUUGAACGACUGGGAAAUUUGACAAAUGAGCUGCUCCAAAAUGGGGUGAAGGGAGAUGCCAUCACGCCUGCUUUGCUUCGGGAACGGAUCUUCUCUGAUACGUAUAAUGCGCCCCAGGCAAUCUGUUGCCAGGAAGAUCCGAAUCGCCAUGUCUCUUCUCGAAGCAGCUCGCUGUUUAACAUUGUGAUGAACCUGGACCCGAAGAAUCUGGGUGCAGAAGUGGUAUUUGGGCGUCCAGGGUCGGAGGAGCAAGGAGCUGUGUUGAGGAUGCCCUGGUAG